AUGGCAUACCUCGGAAAAGAAACACAAAUUACGCAAGCCGGACAGGCCAUAGUUUUAAAUACCGAAGCUAUUUCGCAGCUGAAUGCAACAAUAAGAAACGGAUUUGGCCCAAACGGAGCACUGAAGAUGCUAAUAACCCCAGCGGGUGAAAUACGGCUCGUAAAAGACGGUUUUAAUCUGCUGAAAAACAUCCAGCUAGCCCAGCCAGGGGCUGUUUUGCUCUCCAAGAUGGUCACGCAGCAGGGCGAAGAGUAUGGAGACGGAGUGACAUCUUCCAUCAUUCUCUCAGCCUCCAUGCUGAGCAAAGCAAUAGAGUACAUAUACGAAGGAGUGCACCCCCAAGUGAUUAUAGCCGGGCUGCUCAAAAGAGAAAAAGCAAUACUGCAAACACUCGAGAGCAUGAAGGUGCCCAUUGAAGACACAAAAGACACAAUCUACAAUCUAGCGUACACCGCGCUAAGAACAAAAUUCUCAAAGAAGCAGACCGAGAAAUACUCAAACAUCAUAGUGUCAGCAGCAGAAACUGUGAGAAGCGGAAACACCACAGACUUGAAAAUGCUGGAAAUCGUCAAGAUGGCAGAUAUCGACGCAACUGAGCCCCUGCGCAUAGUAAAAGGCCUGGUGAUGGACCACGGCGGAAGACACCCAAUGAUGCCAAGAAGACUGGAGAACGUGUUUAUUCUGUGCACCAACAUCUCGUUCGAGUACGAGAAGCCAGAGCACAACGCACAGUUCUACUACAAAUCCACGGAAGAAAAGCUGAAGAUGGAAGAGGGAGAGAGACACGUGAUCAUGCAGAGAGUGCAGAAAGUGCUGGAGGUCAUACAGAAAGUAGCCAUUGCAAAUCAAAGCCAGAAGCCACAGUUUAUGAUUAUUACCCAAAAGGGAAUUGAUGCACACGUACUGGAAAUAUUUGCAAAGUACAACAUUCUAGCGCUGAGAAGAGCGAAGAGAAAGAACAUGGAGAGACUGCAGUCUCUUACGGGAUGCACGCCCGUCACGGGUAUUUCUGAAUUAAACGAAAAUGUCUUUGGAUUUGCUGGAUUGGUCAGAGAAAUAUCAGUGGGUGAUGACAAAUUCACUUUUAUUGAAAAAACACCGUUCAACAAAACAUGCACGCUUCUCAUCCAGGGAAUAUCUCCAUACCAAAUGGAGUACCUAGAGAGCGCUGUCAAGUCUGCGCUCAAGUCCAUCUCGUGCGGUCUUUCUGACGGGUAUGUGGUCCCAGGGGGCACCUCUACAUACUACAAGCUUGCAGAGUCGCUCGUACCAGAGGAAGACACAACGGAGAAUCUAGUGUCCUAUAACAUCUGGAAAGACUCUUUGAUGUCUAUUCCAAAAAUACUCAUCAAGAACCUCGGGUACAACUCUGUUGAAAUGAUUUCAAAGAUCAAAGUAUCAGAGACAAAGAACUCCGCCAUUGAAAUAUCAACAGGCGAGAUAAAAGACGCAUUCGAUAUGAACAUAAUUGACAACUAUGCGAUCGUGAAAAACACAAUCCAGUCCUCAGUCUUAGCAGCAACUAAAAUAUUAAUGAUUGAUGAAAUCAUCAAAAGUGGAAAAGAAGUAAAAUAA